UGCUGUCAUCCCUUCCUCGAUGAAUGGCAGGAUUACUCUCAUUCGCAACUACUUCUCUCGCCAUAGUGAGAGGACUAGCCUUAAGAUAUCCACAGAGCCGAGCCCGCCCCUUGAACUUAACAUCUGGACCUUAUCAACGAAGCUACGCACAUCUCAUGCCAUGGUUCAUGGAUUACGGUGGCCCCGUCACCAAACUCAAGUCACUUCAGACCUUUGCACAUUACGAAUUGAUAGGUAACCUUGUAAGUGAACAAAAUGGGACUUGAUUAUACACCCGUCUAAGGUAGUCUCACUCUUGGCCUU